CCGGAGGCUUUUCACCAGGUGAUGCUGUCCAAACCCGACUGACUGCGGAUCCGCGAACCACGAAUGGAUCCCUAUUUAAGACGAGGCCGGAGAAGGCUGCUUCACUUAUUAUCUGUGUAUUUUAUCCUAAUUUAUCAAGCGCAUCUGUCCUGGGGUGUUGACAGAGUGAACAUUUCUAACUGGGGUGAAUUUAAUAACAGCGGGAGCAGCAGGAUAAAGCAGCAGAAAUGGGACACCGCUUCCCAGGGAGGGCAGGACCUCCAGGCGACAGCUGCUGUACAAACCAACACAUCAUUGGUCAGCCAGACCGCCACGUCCAACCGGACGUCCUCCAGUACUCCAGAGAGGACGCCGACGUCCUUGUGGACCCUCAACUCUGACCAAUCAUCUGCACCAUCUGGUCAAACACCAUCAAGAACAGUAUCAUCCAGCCAAUCAGCAAACAGCACAACACCAGCCAAUCAAACAGCAACCAAGACUGCAAAAGUCAACCAAUCACAAACCAGCCCUGAACCAUCCAGGGAAUCAACAACCAACACGGCGUCAGCCAGCCAAUCACCAGGAGGCACAACACAAAUCAGCCAAUCACCAGCAAACAUAGCAUCAGCCAGCCAAUCACUAGGUAACACAACACCAUCCAACCAAUCACCAAACACCACAAUGUCAACAUCAACCAGCCAAUCACCAGAUAUUACAGCAGCGUCCAUUCACUCACUAAAACAAUCAUUAGGCAGCUCAACAACAGCCAGCCAAUCACCAACACCGAAGGCACUGCCAAGCCAAUCACCAACCAGCCAAUCGCCAACUAACACAGUGCCAGUCAGCAGUGCGCCAGCCAAGACCACAUCUGAUCAUCCACUGGGCAGCACUACAAAAUCUAACCAAUCAGCAUCCAGCCGAACACAGCUGAGCCAAUCAGAAGCCAGCGUGAAAACAUCAAACCAAUCAUCACUCACGUCAGGAUCUUCUGAUCAUCCAGCUACUUUAAUAACAGCUAACACAUCAGUCCACAUAUCAUCCAACAAAACAUCACAUGACCAUUCAAACAAAACACCAUCUGACCAAUCCCUGACCAGCUCACUGCGAUCAAACCAAUCAUCACCUGGUUGGGCAUUCCAAGGAAACGCAGCCAACAGAGCUUUUUCAGAUGAGCGUCCAGUCAAUGUUUCACUGCAAACCAGGCAGGCGAAGGAAGCCCUGAGGUCAAAGCUCCGCAGGACUCCAGCAGAGCCGUGCGCGUUUCCGUGCCUGAACGGAGGUCAGUGUUUUCAGGGGGAGUCAUGUGACUGCAGCUUGUAUCAGGCCACUGGACACAGAUGUCAGACAGUUCCUAACCCUGGCUUCGAGAGGGAGAUGACGUGCAGGUCGUGGGGUCAGUACAACUUCGAGACGUUCGACGGUCUCUACUACUACUUCCCCGGUCGAUGUACGUACACUUUGCUGAGGGACUGCGAGGAAACCACCCAGGCCAGCAUCGUCGUCCAGGUCCACAAUGACCCGGCCUGUAGCUCGGCUCCUUACACCUGCCAACGAUCCGUCAGCCUCUUCCUCCCAUGGGAGGGUGAAGUUCGGCUUUUCGCCACCAAUGUGACCUUCAAAGGCCAGAGUUUGCAGCUGCCGCAUCACAUUCACGACCUGCAGCUGGAGCAGAUCUCGCAGUACGUUCUGGUGACGCAGCAGCACGGCUUCACGCUGGCUUGGGAAGGGCGCAGCGGCUCCCUCUACAUCAAACUCAGCCCAGAGUUUGUGGGUAGAACCUGCGGCCUGUGUGGGAACUUCAACGCUGACGUCCAGGACGACCUGAAGACGAGUUAUGGUACGCUGACACAUGACAUAGGAAUGUUUGGGAAUAGUUGGGUGGAGGCAGAGCCACACGAGGCCCGAUGUCCCAUGGUGCUUUCUGACUUCCCUUCACCCUGUGCUGCCGUUGAAGCUCAUGUCCUGCAGAAAGUGGAGGAGGUGUGUGCAAUGGUGCUGGAUCCACCAUUUCAGAGCUGCCACGAAUUUGUCAGCCCGCUGUCCUACAUGGCCAGCUGCUCCAACGACCUCUGCAUGUCGGGUCCCAGCGGUGAUGUGGUAUGCCAGGUGUUCAGCGAGUAUGCCCGGGCCUGCGCCCACGCUGACCACCCACUGCACGGCUGGAGGCAGCACAUUCCUCAGUGUGAGAAGCAGUGUCCUUUAGGUCUGCAGUACAGGGAAUGCAUAAGCUGCUGCCCGGCGUCCUGCAGCCUGGAGCGAACAUGCAUCGACAGCAAGCUGGCAUGUUUGGAUGGAUGCUACUGUCCUGAAGGUCUGAUCUACGAGGACGGAGGCUGUGUGACGCCGUCCGACUGUCCCUGCGAGUACCACGGGAUGUUUUAUCCGUCCGGACAGAUGCUGCAGGAGGAAUGCAACAACUGCACAUGCGUGGGUGGAGUGUGGAACUGCACCGAUUACAGCUGCCCAGGCGAGUGCUCGGUCACUGGCGAUAUGUAUUUCCAAUCCUUUGACGGGCGGAUCUACACUUUCCCUGCAACAUGCCAGUAUGUCCUCGCCAAGAGUCGCAGCUCAGGGAGGUUCACCGUCACCAUCCUGAACGCCCCGUGUGGAGCCAAUCUGGACGGGGCCUGCAUCCAAUCAGUUAAUCUGGUCAUUGACGAGGAUCCAAGAUCGGAGAUUACACUGAGUCACGUUGGCGAGGUCUUCAUGGCCGGACAGUACCGCAUCUCCCUGCCGUAUAACGACGACAUGUUCCACAUCCAGGAGCUGUCCUCCAUGUUCCUCCAGGUGAAGACGAGGUUCGGCUUGCGUCUGCAGUACAACUGGAAGGAGUUUCGCCUCUACCUGCAGGCCGACGAGCAGUGGAAGGACGACACGGUGGGCCUGUGCGGCACCUUCAACGGCAACAUUCAAGACGACUUCCUAUCUCCGUCAGGGAUGAUAGAAAGCACUCCUCAGCUGUUUGGAAACGCCUGGAGAGUCUCGUCGGCCUGUUUGUCCAGCCUGAGCACGCCUCAGCUCGACCCCUGUGACACUCACCAGCAGGCCGUGGCCUAUGCAACAGAGAUGUGCGACGUACUGAACCAGGAUCUGUUCUCCGCCUGCCAUGAGUACCUCAGUCCGACCUCCUUCCAUCAGCAGUGUCGCUCGGACACGUGUAAGUGCGGGACGCCGUGCCUCUGCUCUGCGCUCGCUCACUACGCUCACCACUGCCGCAGAUUCUCCGUCAUCGUUGACUUCCGAUCGCAGAUACCCGACUGUGCGGUCACCUGUCCGCCCACCAUGCAGUACGGCACCUGCGUGUCGUCGUGCCAGCGCCGUUGCCCUCCCUGUCCGUCCCGCAGCACUGCGGGGAGGAGUGUGAGGAGGCUGCGUCUGCCCUCUGGGAUCCUUCUACAACCAUCGAACACACACCUGGUGCACAGGAGCGAGUGUCCCUGCAGUUUCCUCGGAGCUGAUUAUGAACCCGGAGAUGUGAUCAUGAUGUCAGCAGGUGUUCAACUCUGUCUGAACGGUAAACUGGUGUCCCAGACAACAGAGCGCGACAGGUUGUGUCCGGCCGGUCAGCUCUACCAGAACUGCUCAGAGGGGGACGACAGCCUCCAGUCAGGAAGGGGCAUGGCCUGUGAGCGCACCUGUGAAUCCUACCUGCUCAACCUCACCUGCUCGACACACGAGCCCUGCAUGGCCGGAUGUACCUGCCCUCCUGGCUUGCUGAAACACGGAGACGAGUGUUUCGAACCUGCAUCCUGCCCCUGUCUAUGGAAAGGAAAGGAGUAUUACCCCGGCGACAGAGUGUCCUCCCCGUGCCAUCAGUGUGUUUGCCAGCACGGGACGUUCCAGUGUGUGUUUCAUCCGUGUCCAUCCAUGUGCAUGGCUUACGGCGAUCGCCACUACAGGACGUUUGAUGGGCUGCUGUUCGACUACGUCGGUGCAUGCAAAGUCUAUCUUGUAAAGAGCAGCGCUGAUGUGAUGCUCAGUGUGGCGGCCGAGAACGUCGACUGUUUCGACAGCGGAGUGAUCUGCAGGAAAUCUCUGCUGAUCAACAUCGGCAGAUCCUUCGUGGCAUUCGAUGACGACACUGGGAAGCCGAAUCCGUCCAGUGUGAUCGACAGGAAGCAGAAGAUGCUCAUCUGGCCGGCCGGAUACUACACAGUGGUUCAUUUUCCAGAGGAAGAAGUCACCGUCCUCUGGGACCGCAAGACCACCGUUCACAUCCAGGUCGGACCUCGCUGGCAGGGGAAGUUAAGCGGGCUGUGCGGAAACUUUGACAUGAAGACGGUGAACGAGAUGAGGACGCCCGACAACAUCGACUCCCCGACUCCACAGGAGUUUGGAAACAGCUGGACUGCAGUAGAGUGUGUGAACAGUCCAGAUAUCAGACACCCCUGCAGCCUGAACCCGCUCAGAGAACCUUUUGCAAAGCGUCAGUGUGCCAUGCUGCUCAGCGAGGUCUUCCAGGCCUGCCACCCGGUGGUGGAUGUCACCUGGUUCUACAUGAACUGCCUGGCAGACACGUGUGCCUGCAGUCGUGGAGGCGACUGCGAGUGUUUCUGCACCAGCGUGGCGGCGUACGCUCAGCGCUGCUGCCACCAGGGAGUUCCUGUCGACUGGCGCUCGCCGUCUCUGUGCCCGUAUGACUGUGAAUUCUACAACAAAGUUCUGGGUAAAGGCCCCUUCAAGCUGAUCACCUUCAGGGAUCGGACAGCGGUGCUGACAGCCAGCGGGUCCAGUGGUUCUGUGUUCCUGCAGCGGGGCAACAUCAGCAUCGCCGCCUCCCCCGGACUCCUCGUGCAGUUCAUGAUGACGCCGGGCCUCAGCAGAGUCCGACCACACGACACAUCGCGGGUUUCCUUCGAGGCCGUCGACAGACCAAACUACUUCCUGUACACGAGCCCCAGCGGCCAGGUGAAGCUGUCCAAGUGGGAGGACAGAGCGGCAUUCUGGGAUGCAGCCACCUUCGUCCUCCGCAGGAACACCUGGAGCCCCGGCUACGACUCGCUGGAGUCGCAGGUCAAACCCGGCUUCUUCCUGCACGCCACGCCGCCACGCCUCCAACUGCUCAAGUACAGACACACCGACAGCUUCCGCAAGGCCACACUGUUCAAACUGACAGGCCCCAGCCCGGACACCCCGCCUGGUCCUCGAUGUCAGUGGAGGUACGAUUCCUGCGUCAUCCCCUGUUUCAAGACCUGCAGCGACCCGUCAGCUGAAGCCUGCAGCACCAUCCCACAUGUGGAGGGCUGCCUUCCUGUCUGCCCCCCUCACAUGGUCCUGGAUGAAAUCACCCGUCGAUGUGUUCAUCCUGAAGACUGCAUUAAGGUUCCAGUUGUUGUGCAGCCUGUAACACCGUCCAUCGCUCAGCCGACCUCUCCAGCUGUCCCUUCUGCAACCACCACAAGCACCACCACCUCCACGAUCACUACCACCACCACCACCUCCACCGUACCCUUCUCCCCUUCACACACCGCUCCUACUACUAAACUCACCACCACUACUCAUGUAGUAGACACACAGACAACCACGUCCGGAGCACCACCCGCCCCUGACGCACCGACCCGUCCAGUCGCCACCUCUUCUUCUGCAGCUCCUGAGCUUCCCAGAACAACAGGACCCACAUCUCCUCCAACAGCACCGCUCCCUGUCAGGCCAGAGGUGGAGGAGCUGCUGUCGACUGUCAGAGUGACUGAAGUCCCGCCCACCACCGUCACCGAUAAAACAGCAUGGACUACCAAAUCUGCGAGCCCGACUGCGAGCCCGUUCGGCCCCACUACGACCAGAACGACUGCUGCUCCUUUCGCCAUCACCGCUGUGUUCUUGCUCACCACCACCGCCAAACCCACCGACUUCCUCCAGCCCCUCAUCACCACAACCGCCACCACCGCCACCACCUCGCUGAGGUCUACCACUGGAGCACCGACCACAAGCUCCAUCAUAGGGCCAACCACCACCAGUACCCCACCUCCUCCUGUUGACGUGCACACAACCAAAGAGACCACAGAGGCCACAACACGUUCAGCAGCAGUUACUCCGAUCGUCACCUCUUCUAGUCCGAGUCCUGCUCCAGUCUCAGAGACAUCUGUAGUUACCGAGAGGACGACUGUAUCCAGUACAGCUACCACCUCAUACACAGACACCACCACAAAGCCUGUAACAGUGGAGCGACUUCCCCCAACAACAACUACACCCGUCCCUCCUGGUUUACCAAGCACAGCCUCCACGACCUCUUCACCUUUCCCGACUUCACCUUCCGUUGAAACGGGAACUGUGUCUUUGCCCAGAGUCACCUCAGCUACAACCACAGAAUCAGUCACACCAGUCGGACCUGUCACCACCAGCAAAACAACACCGUCCAUAAGUCCAGAGACGACACCACCGCUUGUUACCACAGAGAAGAUUCUGCACACCACUCCACCUGAACUCACAACAUCUACAACAACUGCUCCUGAGUUACCAACGUCAACCACGCUCCAUGUUGCACCAACUACACCUGUACCAUCUACUCCGACCUCAGCUCCUACAGACAGAACAACACCUACAGACUUGAGAACAACACCUACAGACUCAAGAACAACACCUACAGACAGAACAACACCUACAGACAGAACAACACCUACAGACUGGAGAACAACACCUACAGACUUGAGAACAACGCCUACAGACUGGAGAACAACACCUACAGACUUGAGAACAACACCUACAGACUUGAGAACAACACCUACAGACUCAAGAACAACACCUACAGACUCAAGAACAACGCCUACAGACAGAACAACACCUACAGACUGGAGAACAACAUCUACAGACUCAAGAACAACGCCUACAGACUUGAGAACAACACCUACAGACAGAACAACACCUACAGACUCAAGAACAACGCCUACAGACAGAACAACACCUACAGACUGGAGAACAACACCUACAGACUCAAGAACAACGCCUACAGACUCAAGAACAACGCCUACAGACUGGAGAACAACACCUACAGACAGAACAACACCUACAGACUCAAGAACAACACCUACAGACUGGAGAACAACGCCUACAGACUCAAGAACAACAUCUACAGACUCGAGAACAACAUCUACAGACUCGAGAAUAACGCCUACAGACAGAACAACACCUACAGACUCAAGAACAACAUCUACAGACUCGAGAACAACAUCUACAGACUCAAGAACAACAUCUACAGACUCGAGAACAACAUCUACAGACUCGAGAAUAACGCCUACAGACAGAACAACACCUACAGACUCGAGAACAACGCCUACAGACAAAACAACACCUACAGACUUGAGAAUAACGCCUACAGACUCGAGAACAACGCCUCCAGAUUGGAAAACAACGACAAAGAAAGUGACCACACCUGAAUCCAUUGUGUCUGGAAUACCUGUAGCUACAACAACAACGGCUGCACCUCCACCUGUGAAGAUUACAGACACCACAACUACCCCCGUAUCUCCCUCCACAACGUAUUCUGAGAGAACCUCCUGGUCUGCUGCAGUCCCAACAUCUGAGAAAACCACUCAGAUCACAACGUCAAGAUCUCCAGAUGUUCAAGAACCGCUGUCCACCACGUCCACAGGUCCUCCUGUUACCACAAAAACAACUGUUGGGCCUGUAUCUCUUACAGAAACCACUUCUGCACCACUUGUACCGACAACAGAGAGCUCCACCCAACCAGUGUCGACCAAGGCGACAUCCGAACCGUGGCGUCCCCCCCAUCGGGAGACCUCCACCACCCUGGUCUACAGCCCCACAGUUAAGACUACACCAGAGGUUGCUUCUGAAGGUGUCGUCCACGUGGUCACUUCCACUAAAACUACUGAAGUGCCUCACAUUCCCGUAACAUUAACACCAGUUGUCACCUCUGCGACAUCAGCUGCUGCCACAGCCACGACUGCCAAAACUACGACAACGUCUUCUGAAGUCUCAACUUCAGAAGUGGCAGCCACCACAACCAAGAAACUGGCUACACCGCCUCCACCCGUGCCUGGUAUUGUUGGUAUUGUUGAGAGACCUCUCGUCACGGUCUCCACAAGGCCGCCACCAGAUAUUGUCACCACUCUCAGACCCGUCAUCAUACAGCCGAUCACGGAGACCACACAUCCGGUGACCGGCAGAGUGGAGGUGUCAACGCAAGCCACAACCACAUCGCAUCCGUCUCCACUGCACACAACUACGUCGACCGAAGCGCCAAGGCAGCCAACAACUGUCUCGGGCGAAGUCACCACCCGGCUGGUGUCCACUGCGAGAGCUACACCUGCUACAACGACAACCACCAUCACACGGCUGACCACCGAAAGAACGACACCCAGAGUUCCCGUGACAACAAGAGUUACCCCCAGAUUCACGUUGACUUCGAGAUCGACCGUCAGGCCAGACACUGCGAGGGUUACCAUAACAACAAGGACCCCAACAGUAACCAUGAGAUCCACCACUGUCGGCCCACCAGCGGUCACACUAAGCCCGGAGACGACAACCACGCCAAGAGUGCCAACCAGAACUGUCGUAACCUCUGCCGAGUCGGUCACUACAGCAAGCACGACCGAACGUGCCGAUACAACCGCAACCGUUUCCCACCCAACUACCACAACAACCGCCCCAGUGCCAGUUCUUACUCCAACAACAGUCACAGUGUCUACAGCUGUCCCCACAACAACCAUCAGAGAGCCAUCCACCUCUGAGAGAACCCUGACAACCAAAGAGACCGACGUGUCGCCAACCACAUCCCAACCAGCAACACCUCCGCCUGAAACACCGAUCUCCACUCAGAAAGCCGAUGUUCCCAUCGCCAUUACAACUUCACUCCCAACUGAUACAUCGGUCCAAACAACCGAGCGGGAGGAGGACAGAGUCAGUCCGACGAGUCCAGGUGCAACGACGCCUUCAGCAUCUGCGUCGGUGCAACCGUACACGCCUUUGGAAACGACCACAGCAGAAGAGGGGGUGACGACCACGACUGUGUCACCUAUCAGGAUGUGCACUCCGCCGUACGCAGAGAUCGUCGAUGAGUGCACAAAGUAUAUCUGCGUCAACAACCAGCUCGUCCUGUUCAACAAAUCCCAGAGCUGCCCCUUCGCCGCCGCCGCCGCCCCUCCAAACUGUGGCCUGCUCGGCUUCGCCGUACUGAUCAACGGGGACAAGUGCUGCCCUCAGUGGGACUGUCCAUGUCGCUGCUCGAUGUUUCCGGAUCUGAACGUGAUCACAUUCGAUGGGAACAGCGUCGCCAUCUUCAAGGCCGCCUCAUACAUAGUGACCCAGCUGCCCAAUGAGACCGUGAGCAUCCUGGUCCAGGAGUGCCCUGCUGACUCCGAGUCACCAUUCCUCUGGAACUUCACCAACCUGUGUCUGGUGGCGCUCAACAUCACCCACGGAUCCAACCACAUCUACAUCAACAGGCUGCAGAGGAGGCUCUACGUCAACUCGCGGUACGCCAAGCCUCGAUUCAGGAAGUUUGGCUUUGAGGUCUAUGACACAGGCAACAUGUACCUGAUCCGCAGCCCGGCUGGUCUCAAGCUGCAGUGGUUCCACAGCACCGGCAUGAUGGUGAUCGACCACGACAGCUCCGUCAACAAGUUUCCUACGCUGGGCCUCUGUGGUUUCUGUGACGGAGACCCGCUGAAUGACCUCAUCCUGGCCAAUGGCAGGACGGUGGGCUUGAACGAGGAUCCGAGUGCUUUCAUCGACAGCUGGCAGCUUCCCAACACCACCAGCUACAUCAGCAUCAGCCGCCGCCGCGAGCUCAACUGCUCCACAAGCGACUGCUCCACCUGCCUGGACAUGCUGCAGAACCACACCUUCACCUCCUGCCACGCCUUUGUCCAGCCGAGCACGUUCUGUGAAUUUUGGGUACGAGAUGCAGAGUACGUCAACAACCAGUGUGUGGCGCUGGCUGCUUACGUGGCUUCCUGCCACAAAUUCAACAUCUGCAUCGAGUGGAGGAGUCCAGAUUACUGCCCCUUCAUGUGUCCCGGCGCUCUGCAGUAUCAGGCCUGUCUGCCGGCCUGCACGUCUCAGUCCUGCCCCAACCACGACUUUGACUCGGACCCGGACCACUGUUCAGGUCUGACUGAGGGCUGCGUGUGCCCUGAGGGAACGCUGCUCCACCGGCCGUACUCCGCCCUCUGCGUCUCCCCUGAGAAGUGUGCCUGCACCGACAGCUCCGGCGUUCCUCGCGCACACGGCGAGGUGUGGAAGGCCUCGAAGGAGGCCUGCUGCAUGUACCGCUGCGACAACGACACCAUCGUCCCCGUGGAGUACAACUGCUCCAGCGCGCCGUCGCCGGUGUGCAAUCGAACGGGGGAGAUGACCAUCAGCAUGGCCGACGACACGGGCUGCUGCCCGCACAAAGUCUGCGUGUGUAACCAGAGCCUGUGUGACCUCGUCCCUCCUGAGUGUAAGUACGGGGAGAAGCUGGUGUCGUACUACAGACAGGAGUCCUGCUGUCCGGACUUCGUCUGCGAGUGUGAUCCUGAGCUCUGUGAGUCGGACGUUCCCUCCUGCAGAGACGACCAAACUCUGAUCGCCACGAGAGCCGACGGCAGCUGCUGCCUCGCCCACAUCUGCAUGUGUUCUUCCUGUCCGGAGUCGCCUCCUGUCUGUCUGGACGGCGAGGUGCUGAUGGUGGACGCUAACACGACGGACCGCUGCUGCCCCGACUACCAAUGUGUGUGUCAGCCCUACAGGUGUCCUCAGCUCAGCUGUCCUGUCGGGAUGUCGGUGGCGUCUGUACCGAGUCCGGAUCUCUGCUGUCCGAACCAAACCUGCGAGUGUUCCUGUGAAAAGAUCUCCUCUCCAAAAUGUGGCCUGGGAGAAGCCGCCCAGCUGGACCGGGCCUUCAUGUCCGACCCACAGAACCAGUGUGCCUGCAAAAGAUACAAGUGUGUGCGCGAGGCGGUGUGUGUGUUUGGCGAGCGAGGCGUGUUGCGGCCCGGUCAGACGCUGGUGGAGCACGACGACGACGGCUUGUGUCACAGCAGGCAGUGCAGCCGCAGCCUCGACCCGGCGAGCGGCUUCCACGUCCUCCGCACCAGCACCAUCAACUGCUCCACCCACUGCCAACCAAAUCAGAUCUACGUCCCUCCGAAGGAUCAGUCCACGUGCUGCGGAGUUUGUAAAAACAUUUCCUGCCUUUACGAACACGAGAACGGGACGACGGCUCUGUACAAGCCGGGGAAGUCGUGGGUUUCAAACUGCAUGAACUUCGACUGCUCGGACACUCUGGCCGGGCCGACGCUCAUCUCGUACUCCUUCAGCUGCCCGCCGUUCAACGAGACGGAGUGUAUGAAGAUCGGUGGAACAGUCGUAAGUUACAUGGACGGAUGCUGCAAGACGUGCAAAGAAGACGGCAAGUCGUGUCAGAAGGUGACGGUGAGGAUGACGAUCAGGAAGAACGACUGUCGCAGCAACAGGCCGGUGAACAUCGUGUCGUGUGACGGGAAGUGUCCGUCCGCCAGCAUCUAUAACUACAACAUCAACACGUACGCUCGCUUCUGCAAGUGCUGCAGGGAAACUGGGCUGCAGCGCCGCGCCGUGCAGCUCUACUGCAGCGGAAACUCAACCUGGGUCAGCUACAGCAUCCAGGAGCCCACCGACUGCUCCUGCCAGUGGUCCUAAACACACACACACACACACACACAU